CUAGGCGCGCGCGCAUAACAAUGUUUGGUGUUGUAGCAAACAUGCUGGUGCGCAUAUUUUUUAUCGCGAUUUUUACAUACACAGCUAAUGGAGCUAAGUUACCGGGUUCAGGAGAGCCCGCGGACAAAAGCACGUUCCGUUUGGACUACCAGUACUACCCGCAGGCGGACGGCUGGCUGAAGCUGCACCGCAUCCCUGCGCGUUUCAGGGACGCUCGCCUCGCUUGCUACCAUGAAGGUGCGCACUUGGCGUCUCCAAUAACUGAAGAUUUGGCCAUGGUGUUGAGCAACUUGGCUCAAGAAGCGCAAUUGUCGUCAAUACACACCGGUUUCUACUCUUUGGCGUCGGUGCAGGAUUACUACUCUGGAGAAGGAGUCAAAUUUAACGACCUUUCGUUUUUGAAGUGGGCAGACGGUGAGCCCAAUAACGUGGAUAAUUUGGAGCGCUGUCUCUCGAUGACGUCACUAGGCACAAUGGCCGACUCCAAUGAAGAAACUGUUCGCCCUUUCUUCUGCUACAAGAAGAAGACCGGCUAUACAACUAUGAACGAAUGCGGGUAUCAUGAUAAACAGUACCAAGUGGACGACCACACUGGCCAUUGCUACAAGCUCCACCUGCAAAAAGCAGCUUGGCAUAAAGCCUUGUCGAUAUGCGGUGCAGAGGGCGGCACCUUGGCCGUCAUCAACAGCGGCGCGGAAGCCAAGGUCAUCAACGACUUGGCCGUUCAGAAAAACUAUUCCGAAUGGGUCCUCUUGGGAUUCUACAAUCCGUUUGAUCAGCCAGGCUACUGGUGGACUGUGGAUGGACAUACGAGCUUAGAAGAAGCUGGAUACGCCAAUUGGCUCAAGGGCGAGCCAAACGAUUUGUACGGACCGGAGUACUGCGGCACCUUUAGGCCCAUACCGGAGGCCGGCGCCUUCCCAGGCCUUAACGACUUCAGUUGUAAUAUCGAAAUACCCUUCGUUUGUGAGAUACCGCCUUUAAAUAAGGAGCUUAAGAAGGAAUAGACUAAUCUGAAAUAUUUUUUCACUUAAAAACUGUAGGACUAUGUAUUUUACUUUUGAUAUAAAAUACUUUUAUAAUGAUAAUUGUAUUAAUUAUACGUUAUUUAGGAAA